AUGGCAACAACACCGCCAAAUCCAGCAAAACACGAAUCGGCGCGACUCAAAUCUCUCGCACAAACCAAAAACUCCAAAACCGCUCUUAAAUACGCCGCACAUUCAGCUCCACAGUCACAAGGAAUCUCAGAGUUAGUUAACUCUCAACAUUCUAACCGCUCCCGAUUUCUACGCUGUUCUCGACGUUGA